AUCAUCUUACAUUUUACAAAAAACCAAAAAAAAAAAAAACAUAAUACAAUGAAGAACAACAUUAACAACAAUGGUGGCACAAAGCUCAUCCUUCUCCACCCUUACAUCCACAAACAAGCCGGAUCAUCAACCCGCCUUUAUUGGCUCAUAGCCGCGGUCUCCAUUUUUGCAGUCGCCUCUCUUCUCACCUUUGUCUACACUCGAGAAUCAUUAACUUCCAACAUAACAACCUCAACCGCGACUUCAAUCACAACGAUGACCACAAUUAGUACUCUCGACAUUCCAAAAUCAGUCACAAAAGCCCUGAUUCACUAUGCGGCCAGUGCAAAUUCCACUGACCGCAUGUCACAUACCGAUAUUAAACAAAUAUCGGAUGUGUUAAGACAAUGUCCUUCCCCAUGUAACUUUCUUGUUUUUGGACUAACCCCAGAAACACUAUUAUGGAAUGCAUUAAAUCAUCGUGGAAGAACGGUUUUUAUAGAUGAAAAUCGUUACUAUGCUGCCUACAUUGAAGAAAAACAUCCAGAAAUUGAAGCAUAUGAUGUACAAUACACAACUAAAAUUAGUGAGCUUCAUGAGUUAAUAACAUCUAUUAGAGAACAACUACAUAAUGAAUGUAGGCCAGUACAAAACUUAUUAUUUUCGGAUUGUAAAAUCGGUUUAAAUGAUCUUCCAAACCAAUUAUAUGAAUUGGAUUGGGACAUUAUUUUAGUUGAUGGGCCACGUGGGUAUUGGCCCGAAGGGCCCGGAAGGAUGUCGGCGAUAUUUACCGCCGGGGUGUUGGCUAGAAGUAAGAAAGGUGGAAAUCGAAAAACGCAUGUUUUUGUUCAUGAUUAUAAGAGGGAAGUUGAGAGGGUUUCGAGUGAUGAGUUUUUGUGUAAAGAGAAUUUGGUCAAGUCUUCUAAGGAUUUGUUGGCGCAUUAUAUGGUGGAAAGAAUGGCUGAGGAGAGUAACGCCGGGGGACGGAAGUUCUGCCGGAAUCAUUCUGUGACGGCGAAGUAGAGAUAAUAAUGUUUUCCACUUUUCCGGUGUUAUUGCAAAUGUGUGUUUAAAUAUGAUAGACGAUGUAAAAUUUGGUUAUUUAUUAUCAAGAUUUGAAAUUUUGGCCGGUGGUCAGGUUUUCAAUAAAUUUUUUUUCAAAAA